AUGGAUUCAAGGCUAAAAAGACGUUCAAGAUCUGAUACACCGGAAAUAAAAGCAAAGAAAAAGUCCAAAAAUAAGGAUAAAGAUCGCGAUAGAAGUGAAAAGAAAAAGAAACGAUCUAAAUCUAAGGAACGACAUCGAUCUAAAUCACGUGAACGUGACAGGGAAUUGAGGAAAAAGAAUGGAAAAGACAAGAAAAAAUCGAGAUCCAGAAGUAGAGAGAAGGUGCAUAAAGAUAAAUCUCGUGAUGAGCGCCCAAAAAGUCCAAAAGAGUUCACAAAAGACUCAAAAGAUGUUAUUGAAAUCAAGGAUGAUCAAUUCGAUCCAGCAAAGUUUGAUAAAGAAGAGGAACAGCGAAGAUUAGAGCUGGAAAUGAUAAAAAGAAAGGAACGGAUUGAAAGAUGGCGAGCUGAACGUAAAAAGAAAGAAAUGGAACUGCAGAAAAAGCCAGAAAAACUUUCAACUGAGCCAUCAGCAAAACCUUGGAGCUUAGAAGAUGAUGAUGAGGACGAGGAUGUGAAAAUAAUUGAAAUCGAAGACAGUCCAACAAGAGUUAAAGAUGAACCGAUUCAUGACAGUCCUCCUAAGAAAAAACUGGAAAAGAUUGUAAUCGAUGACGAUGAUGAUUUUAAUAUGAAAAUUAAGUCAUCAAAAAAGAUUGUCAAGCCUUUAAGUCCAGAACUGCCUAAAAUCGAAGAAAAAAUAAUAGAAGAAGAAGUAGUGGACGAUGACGUUGAUCCAUUAGAUGCUUAUAUGAAGGCUGUUGACGAGGAAGUCAGAAAAAUCAACAAAAUGUCAAAGGUUUCGACGACGACAGCAAAAACAACUUCCGGGCAAGCUGGAUUGGUAAUUGUGACUGGAAAUGCAAAGAAGCAACAGAAGGAAAUAAAGAAAGGUGAAUUGAUUGAGCAAAAUCAAGAUGGUUUAGAAUAUUCAAGUGAAGAAGAAUUCGAGGAUAUUAAAGAUACUGCUGCAAAUCUAGCAACAUAUAAACAAAAAAAGGAGCUUCCAAAAAUCGAUCAUACAAAAAUGGAUUAUAAUGAAUUUAAAAAGAAUUUCUAUGUGGAAGUGCCAGAAUUAGCCAAAAUGACACAACAGGAAGUUGAUGCUUAUAGAACUGAAUUAGAAGAUAUUCAAGUCAAGGGUAAAGGAUGUCCAAAGCCAAUAAGAACAUGGGCACAGUGCGGAGUUUCUAAAAAAGAAAUGGAUAUUUUAAGGAAAUUAAACUUUGAAAAACCAACGCCAAUCCAAUGUCAAGCGAUUCCAGCAAUUAUGAGCGGACGUGACUUAAUUGGUAUUGCUAAAACUGGAAGUGGCAAGACUAUUUCCUUUAUUAUUCCCAUGUUUCGUCACAUCCUCGAUCAACCGCCUCUAGAAGAAAGCGAUGGUCCAGUUUCAAUUAUUAUGACACCAACAAGAGAACUGUGCAUGCAAAUUGGCAAGGAUAUAAAAAAGUUUUCAAAAUCGUUAGGUUUAAGAUGCGUUUGUGUUUAUGGAGGAACUGGCAUUAGCGAGCAAAUCGCUGAACUUAAGAGAGGAGCUGAAAUCAUCGUCUGUACUCCAGGUCGAAUGAUAGAUAUGCUUGCUGCCAAUUCUGGUCGAGUGACAAAUUUAAGGAGAGUAACUUAUGUGGUGUGUGACGAAGCUGACAGAAUGUUCGAUAUGGGUUUUGAGCCUCAAGUCGUUCGAAUUUUAGAGAAUAUUCGUCCAGAUCGGCAAACUGUCAUGUUUUCAGCCACAUUUCCUCGACAAAUGGAAGCACUGGCUAGAAGAUUUCUGAAGAAACCAAUAGAAAUUCAAGUUGGUGGACGAUCAGUCGUUUGUAAGGAAGUAGAACAGCAUAUUGCUAUUCUUGAAGAAGAUGCAAAAUUCUUUAAGUUAUUGGAACUUUUGGGACAUUAUCAGGAACAUGGAUCGAUUAUUGCGUUUGUUGACAAACAAGAAAAUGCAGAUAUAUUAUUAAAGGAACUAAUGAAGGCUUCAUAUCCGUGUAUGAGCUUACAUGGUGGAAUUGAUCAAUAUGAUCGGGACUCAACAAUUUCUGAUUUUAAAAGUGGCCGAUGUAAAUUACUAAUUGCUACGUCUGUGGCUGCUCGUGGCUUAGAUGUUAAGCAUUUGAUUCUUGUCGUAAAUUAUGACUGUCCAAAUCAUUAUGAGGAUUAUGUUCAUCGAGUUGGUAGAACAGGACGUGCUGGAAAUAAGGGAUAUGCUUGGACAUUCUUAACACCAGAUCAAGGCAGAUAUUCUGGUGAUAUUUUGAGAGCACUUGUAUUAUCCAGCACAGAAGUUCCUGUAGAGCUACAAAAUCUUUUUGAUACAUAUAAAGAAGGUCAAGAAGCAAUUGGAAAGAAAGUUUAUAGCGGUGGUGGAUUUAGUGGAAAAGGAUUUAAAUUUGAUGAGCAAGAAGCAGCAGCUGCUAAUGAAAUGAAAAAGUUACAGAAAGCAGCAUUAGGUCUCGUAGAUUCCGACGACGAAGAUGAUUUAGAAAAUGACAUUGAUCAAACAAUUGAGAGCAUGUUUGCGACAAAACGAACAGUCAAAGAAAUACAAUCACCAAUCAUUCCUGCAGCUCCACAGCCAGCUGCUCCACCGCCUCAAGCAGUCGCAACAGCAUCAACAGAUAAAUUGGAACUGGCUAAAAAAUUGGCAUCUCGAAUUAAUAUCACUAAGAAUUUGGGUGCUGAGGCGAAAGGAGCUACACAACAGGCUGCAGAAGCUAUAUUUGGCAAAGGAAGUGUGUCCACACAGUUGAUUACGAAUAAAACAAUUGCAGAGCAAAUUGCAUCGAAACUCAACACGAAGCUUAAUUAUCAACCUAAAGAUGAUGAGGACGCAAUGAUGGAGCAAACAGAUGGAAUGUUUAAAAAGUACGAAGAAGAAUUGGAGAUUAAUGAUUUUCCACAACAAGCAAGAUGGAAAGUCACAUCAAAGGAAGCACUUGCUCAAAUAUCUGAAUAUUCUGAAGCUGGUCUAACAGUUAGAGGUACUUUUGUUCCACCAGGAAAACCAAUUCCUGAAGGUGAACGUAAACUAUAUCUUGCGAUUGAAAGUUGCAGUGAACGAGCUGUGUCUAAAGCAAAGAGUGAAAUCACUCGAUUAAUUAAGGAAGAACUCUUAAAGAUUAAGAAUGUAUCACAUCAUUUAAUUAAUAAGGCCCGUUACAAAGUUGUCUAA